AUGGUUGCUGCCAAAUUACUAUCUGCAUGGCUCCUCAUUGCAGCUGCUGUUGCCCAUCCAGGCGAGACCCACGAUGCUCACCACAUGAAGCGCGAGAUCGUUGCCCGCGACCACGCCUCAAAAAAUGCCGCUCGCUCUCUCGGAUCCUGUAUUAAUACCGAAGCCGCUCGUUCAUUCAAACAGCGGGCUGUGGUGCGUCGUGCACAGAAAGUCAAAAGCCUUCGCGAGAAGAGGAACAUCAAGUCUCCCGCCAAGAAAUACCGCCGCGACCUCUCCGAUCUUGAAGCCUGGGAAGAAGUCAAUCACAACAUGACGGGUGUUAAUGCAUACGACAUGUUCACCGCACUAGAGACGGUGUUCGAAGCCAACACAUCAUGCAUUCUUGCCCCUGAGGUGACUGAUGGCCCGUACUAUGUUGUGGGUGAGAACCUGCGCAGCAACGUCAAGGAGGAGGAGUAUUGUGACGGUAUCGAUCUAUUCCUCGAGGUACAAUAUGUUGAUGUCGAGACGUGUCAGCCAGUUCCGGCAGUGGCCGUUGAUGUUUGGAAUUGCAACGCCACUGGCAUAUACUCCGGCAUCAGUACUUCUGGAAACUACGCGGCGGACGGCUACAACUCAACCUACCUUCGAGGAAUCCAACUGACUGAUCACGAUGGUGUGGUUCAGUUCGAGACUAUCUUCCCUGGCCACUACGACGGUCGAGCCACGCACACACACCUCCUUGCACACACCAACGCAACCGUACAACCCAACGGUACUAUUUCCGUCUGGAAUGCACCGGUUUCUCACAUCGGUCAGCUGUUCUGGCCUGAGACUCUGCGCUCUGCUGUUGAAGCUACCUACCCAUAUACGAGCAACACUCAGGCAGUCACAAGCAACGAUGAUGAUCAAUGGAGCAUUGUACAGACUGAUGCCAGUUAUGAUCCAUUCCCGCAAUUUGUCUACCUCGGGGAGGACAUUACGGACGGCCUGUUCGCGUGGAUACAAAUCGGUAUCAACGUCAGCGCAGACUAUUCUACUGAUAGCUACUAUAGUGUAGCUGCCUAUCUCGAUGAGGAUGGUGGUCACGCUGAGUCUGGAUCUGCAAUCGGAGGCGGAGGACAGGGUGGCGGUAAUGGGACUAUGAACGGUACUAUGCCAUCUGGUGGCAUGCCCUCUGCAACGCCCUCUGCUUGA